GUAAAGAUACAAAAGAGAAAGUACAAAUUAAAUUAAACCUCGAGGAAAUACUUAAAAAAAUACAAGACACCAAAGUAAUAAUAUUACUAGAAAACUCUGCAUCAAACAAAUGCUACGAAGCUAAUAUGGAAGAGCUCAUACAAAUAAAGAAAAGUAUUAAAAAAGAAUUACAACACAUUGAAGAUGAAAAAGAAAAUAAGGUACCAAGAGUCAAGCUAUGCUUUAAUACACAACACUAUUUUGCUGCAGGAGCUGGUAGAUUUAUAGAAGACUACAAAGAAGUCUUAGACAAAUAUGGAAAAGAAAACUAUUUAAUACAUAUAAACAAU